UAGAGAAGAAAAUUGUUCCAGCCUCCGAAAUGACUCAGUAACUUUUACGCUUGGAGCCUGCUUUUUCAAACCUCCCCCCCCCUCAAAAAAAAUACCCUCCUCAACGGCUUACUCCGCGACAGCUUGGAAAUGUACGCUUCACCUCUAUGCCUCGCCCAGGAUGAGUUCCACCCCUUUAUUGAGGCACUACUCCCCCACGUCCGGGCUUUCGCCUACACCUGGUUCAACCUCCAGGCCCGCAAGCGCAAGUACUUCAAGAAGCACGAGAAGCGCAUGACGAAGGACGAGGAGCGGGCCGUCAAGGAUGAGCUCCUGAACGAGAAGCCGGAGGUGAAGCAGAAGUGGGCGUCCCGCUUGCUGGCCAAGCUGCGGAAGGACAUCCGACCGGAGUACCGGGAAGACUUCGUCCUCUCCAUCACGGGGAAGAAGCCCUCCUGCUGCGUCCUCUCCAACCCCGACCAGAAGGGCAAAAUGCGGAGGAUCGACUGCCUCCGGCAGGCCGACAAAGUCUGGCGGCUGGACCUAGUGAUGGUCAUCCUAUUCAAGGGGAUCCCCUUGGAGAGCACCGACGGGGAGCGGCUGGUCAAGGCCGCCCAGUGCACACACCCCAUCCUCUGCGUCCAGCCUCACCACAUCAGCGUCUCCGUCAAGGAACUCGACCUCUACCUGGCGUAUUUCAUCCGAGAGAGAGAUUCAGAUCAAAGCAGCAGCCCCAGGACGGGAAUCGGCUCGGACCAGGAGGACAGCAAGCCCAUUAUCACAUUGGACGCGACAGAUUUCCAAGAGAACUUCGUCACGUCCGGGGUGUUCAGCGUCACGGAGCUGAUCCAAGUUUCCCGGACGCCGGUGGUGACGGGCACAGGGCCAAAUUUCUCCCUGGGGGAGCUGCAGGGGCACCUCGCCUACGACUUGAACCCCUCAAGUACCGGGAUGAGAAGGACGCUCCCCAGCACUUCCUCCAGCGGGAGUAAACGUCAUAAGUCCGGCUCGAUGGAGGACGACCUGGAUGGCAGCCCGGGGGGCGAAUAUUACACGUCGCCCAGCUCCCCCACGAGUAGCAGCCGCAAUUGGACGGAAGACAUGGAAGGAGGCAUUUCCCCGAAAAAGCCAGACAUGGACAAGUCUCCCUUCAACAGCCCGUCUCCGCAAGAUACUUCGCCCCGGCUGAGCAGUUUUACACAGCACCACCGUCCCGUCAUCGCCGUACACAGCGGUAUCACCCGAAGCCCUCACCCUUCCUCCGCGCUGCAUUUCCCCACCACCUCGAUUCUGCCCCAGACGGCCUCCACUUACUUCCAACACACAGCCAUACGGUACCCGCCACACCUGAACCCUCAGGACCCUCUGAAAGACCUCGUCUCGCUGGCCUGCGACCCGUCCAAUCAGCAGCCCGGACCGUUAAAUGGAGGUGGCCAAGUGAAGGUGCCCGGGCAUUACCUUUCCACCCAGAUGUUGGCGCCGCCACCCCCGGGUAUGCCCCGCCUGGCAAUAUCACCCGACACCAAACCCAUCGCGACAACUUCCGAGGGAGGGACCACUUCGCCGACGUCUCCCACCUACUCCGCCCCAGGCACACCCCCUGCGAACCGCUUCGUGGGACUAGGACGUGACCCCGGCAGUAUCUAUCAGGCACAGUCCUGGUAUUUAGGUUAACCGCAGCUUUCAUUUGGACCUUCAUCUUCCUCACCCCCCCCCCUCACCCCUCCCUCCCGGGCUUUGGGCUUCCUCCGAGGAGAACGAUGCAGCCCCACCCCCGGCUCAAACCUUGGUGGCAGCGCGGAGAGAGGGACAACGAGGGACUUGGCUUCGGGAGUCCUUGCAACCGCGGGGAGGAAAGGUCCAAACUUUUGCAAAAUGUUUUUUAAAAAACGAACGAACGAAGACUCGUCCUCCCCACCACCUGCCCGGCCCGCGACCCCGUCAGACAAGUCUUUUGCGGGCCAGAAACAAAACACUACUUGUAUAGAGGACGUAUCGCGCCUCGUGGCCACCCCGCCUGUUGCGUUCUCAAAAGGGAUGUUAUAUGCAAAAUGUUCCUGAUCUCACCCCCCCUUCUCUUGGGAGUAA